AUCGAUACGCGCAAUUAAGUGAUUAAGUACAGAGAAGGCAAUGGCGGAGGACAAGCAGUUCAUCCGCCGGGAUAAGGGCACUAAGGAAACCUCCGCGGUCAUGAAGGAUGUGGACAUCUACCGCGACACCUUCAUUCGCUACAUGGGCUACAGCAACGAGAUUGGCGAGUCCUUCCGCCCGCUGGUGCCCAAAUCUCUGGUGGCCGCAUCCUACGGCAUGGCCAUCGGAUAUGUCUGCACGGACACCUUCGACAAGGCACUGCGCCUCCAAAUGGGUGGGGCUUCCCCCAGAGAAGUGGCCGUCAAGGGCGGCGACGUCUUCUGCUGGCAGAUGCUGGCCUCCGUCGCCAUUCCCGGCCUGGUCAUCAAUCGAAUCACCUGGGCCACAAAAACACUGCUGAGCAAGGCGCCGAUGCCCGUGCUGAAAACGGUGCCCACUCUGGUGGGUCUCGCCAGCAUCCCGCUCAUCAUUCAUCCCAUCGACAGCAUGGUGGACCGCCUGAUGGACGCCACCUACCGCAAGACGGUGAGGUAGUGAACGCUGCGCGGGAUAUGCCCAACAUCUACCCUACUCCUAUUCUAAUCCACGGUGAUAGUUCUUAGGUAUUAAGAGUUUACGUGAACUGUAGCAAAGCUUUAGCCUCCAAUCCAGUUUGCAUAUUGACAAGGA